AUGAGAGAUAUCCUGAAGGGAAAGGGAAGGUGGCAAGCAUGUUUACUGAAGUGCAAGUCUGAUGGAUCCAUGACUGAUGUUGUUGGCGAGAUCUAUGAGGCAAGUUUCAAGGAGAAUUUCGCGCCCUUGGCUUACUACAAAGGGUAUCUGGAUUACGUCUCCGGCAAAACUGGCGUGGUGGAACAGAAGAUGGAGUGGAGGGCCGCGUAUUAA